CUGUUCGUAAGUGUCUAUGCAAUGUUAUACAUUUUUCUAUUAAAUUUCUCAAACUCGUCAGUCAUUGAUGACGAAAAGUAAUCAUCGGCAAUUAGAUAUUUUAGGAUUAUCUUUAGAAUAAUCUAUGUUGUGGUUUUUUAUACUGAUAGUGAAAGUGGCGUUUUCUGAUUAAUUGUGAAGAUAAAUAUAAAACAAUAAUCAAUGUACAAACUAUUUUUGAAUAUUUUAUAGUUAAAAGUUAAUUUGUUAAAAGUUUUAAUUUAAAAUAGUACUAUGAGGAUAUGAAUUUGAAACUUAUCUGCGUCAACUAGUUCAGAUAUCUGUUGAUAAUUUUUGGUUAGGAUCAAUCGAGUGGAAAUGUAUAAAAUAUGGUAUUGAGUUUUCGGGUAUCUGAGCUUCAGAUGCUUUUAGGUUUCGCAGGCAGAAAUAAAUCUGGUCGUAAAAACGAAUUACAAACACGUGCAUUAGAACUUUUGAAAUUGAGAUCUCAUCCAGUUCAACUCAAAAUCCGAGAACUUUAUAAAACAAUUCAAGCUGAUCAACUUGCAGCUCAUCAAAUGUACGGGCAGUCAGGUACCGGUAAUGAGCCACCCAUUGACCAGAAUAUUCAUCAGCGAAACGAUGAGUUGAGGUCAGGACAUAUGCAAGCAACAUGGAAUCGCGUAACACGUCGAGUACCUGGUCAACCUCAGCCACAACAACCUCCUACAUCAGCUGCUCCAUCCAAAGAUUUACCACCUGCGCAUCAAGCUUCUUUACCUCAAUCUCAAGUUGCUAGAACUCCGGUAUAUCAACAACAAUCAACUUAUCCUAAUAUUACAUCACAACGCUCAACUUCAAGUGUUUAUCCACAUUAUGCAUAUUCAAAGGUACUUCCUUCGCCACUCCAAAUCCAACAGCCAAAUCAGUACCCUGUUCAUCCAGAUGUGAGACUAAAAAAGCUGCCAUUCUAUGAUUUGCUUGGCGAGUUAUUGAAACCGUCAAGUUUAAUGCCUCAAGGCUCUAUGAGACUGCAAGAAAACACAUUCCAAUUUCAUCUGACACCACAACAAGCUGAUGAUCUUGCCAGCUCACGAGAUUGUCGACCAGGCAAUAGAAUGGACUAUGCUGUUCAAGUACAAAUGCGUUUUUGUUUACAAGAAACCUCUUGUGAACAGGAAGACUAUUUUCCACCAAGUGUAGGAGUUAAAGUUAAUGGAAAACCAUGUCCAUUACCGAAUCCAAUACCAACUAAUAAAACAGGAGUCGAACCUAAACGACCGCCACGGCCGGUGAACAUAAGCCCCUUAGUAAAAAUAUCUCCAACAGUUGCCAAUCAUAUUCAAAUAACUUGGUCUGCUGAUUACGGAAGAAGAUAUGCCAUAGCAGUUUAUCUUGUUCGGAAGUUAACUAGCUCAGAAUUGUUGAGCAGAUUGAAAGCUAAAGGAGCUAGACAAUCUGAUUAUACUAGAGGACUAAUCAAGGAAAAAUUAAGUGAAGAUGCGGAUAGUGAAAUAGCAACAACGUCGUUGCGAGUAUCUCUAGCGUGUCCACUUGGAAAAAUGAGGAUGACAACACCUUGUCGAGCAUCGACUUGUUCACAUUUACAAUGUUUCGAUGCUUCUUUAUUUUUACAAAUGAAUGAACGUAAACCGACUUGGAGUUGUCCUGUUUGUGAUAAACCUGCUCUCUAUGAUAAUCUUGAUAUAGAUGGUUAUUUUCAAGAUGUUUUGCAGUCAGAUAAAUUAUUACCUGGUGUUAAUGAAAUUCAAUUGCUGCAAGAUGGUUCUUGGGAGAAUUUAGUCUCUAAAAAAGAAAGAGAUAAAGACAGAAAAGACAGCAAAUCAGACUUAAAGUCGAAAGCAAAAGUUGAUGUAGAUACUGUUGAUUUAGAUGAAACGAAUCCGGUAGCUUCAACGCCUGAAAAGAAAAGUGCGUUGGUAAUCGAUUUGAUAUCGAGUGACGAAGAAGAACAAGAAGAACAAGAAAGUUCUAAUCAGUAUAAAAACUCUAAUAAUAAAAAUAAUACAACUGGUUCAUUGAAGAAAAGCCAAUCCAGCCAUAGUGCUAUUAGUAGCACAAGUGAAUUACCAGAAUUAAUGAUAAUUGAUCUAGAAUAACAUUUUCGAUUUGUAUACUUAUUGUUCAAUAGAGAUGUCACAAUAAGACAUUUUCUUUAUUUUCUUUCAUUAAAAAUUUCCUAAAUGUAUCUUUUUUAUUUUCACUUAUAUAAAUAAAAUUAUUGACACUUCA